UUAAAAGACUAAAGCCCUAGAGGUUUACAUAUACUAAACCCGCGCCCACCGCCGCCCUGCCUCGCCGGACGUUAAGCUCAAACAUUGUCAAUGGCGCCGAAGCCACAGCAGAAGAAGAGCAGCGGCAGCGCCUCGACUAAGAGGAAGACUAACCCUACCCACAAAUCGGAUGGACAAGUUUCAAACUUCAAAAAACCUAAAUUAUCAUCCAAUCCAAAGAAGACUAUCAAUUCUCAAAAUAAAGUCGGGAGCCAGCCAUCAAAAUUUCCUAAAAAGGAAUACCAAAAACCUCAUGCUGAGAAGGGGGAAGUGGAGGACUCCAAGAAACAAGCUCGUCUGCGUUCAAAGGAGUUAGCUCAAGCAAGGAAGAAGAACAGGAAGAAGCAUUACACACUGGAACAAGAACUUGCUUUGCUAUGGGAGAAGAUGAGACGCCGUAAUAUUUCAAAAGAAGAUAGGUCAAGGUUGGUAAGUGAAGCCGUCAAGAAGAUGCAAGGGAAGAUUUCUGAAAUUGCAAGGUCUCACAUUGCAUCUCGUGUUCUUCAGACUUGUGUUAAACAUUGUACACAAGAUGAAAGAAAUGCUGUUUUUACGGAGCUUCGGCCACAUUUUAUUUCUCUUGCAAGCAAUACUUAUGCAGUUCGUCUUGUUACGAAGUUGCUAGAUCUAGCAUCCAAGGAACAAUUGGCAGAAUUUAUAUCAUCUCUCCAUGGGCAUGUUGCUUCUCUUCUUCGUCAAAUGGUUGGCUCUCUAGUUAUCGAACAUGCAUAUUGCCUUGGAAAUGCAAGUCAGAAGCAAACUCUUCUUAUGGAACUAUAUUCUCCAGAACUGCAGCUAUUCAAGGACUUGGUUACGAUGAAACAGAACAGAUUGGAAGAUAUCAUUUCAAAGCUACAGUUACAGAAGUCGUCCGUUGCACGUCACAUGACAUCUGUGCUUCAACCUAUUCUGGAGAAAGGGAUCUUAGACCAUUCGAUUGUCCACAGAGCAUUACUGGAAUACUUAGACAUUGCAGAUAAGUUUUCUGCAGCAGAUGUUAUUCAACAGUUGUCGGGUCCAUCUUUCGUUCGGAUUAUUGCAACUAAGGAUGGAUCCAGGCUUGGUAUGCUCUGUAUAAGACAUGGUAGUGCAAAGGAUCGAAAGAAAAUUAUCAAAGGGAUGAAAGGCAAUGUUGAAAAGAUAGCUAGUGACAAAUUCGGGAGUAUGGUACUUGUCUGCAUACUUUCAGUUGUUGAUGACACAAAACUUGUGUCGAAGAUAAUCAUUCGUGAGCUUGAAAAAAAUCUUAAGGAGCUUAUAUUAGACCAGAAUACACGACGCCCUUUUAUGCAGCUUCUUCAUCCGGAUUGCACCCGAUAUUUCAACCAGGAUGACAUGGCUUCGCUGAGCCUAUCUAUUCCAUCCCUAAAAGCUAAUGGUGAACCAGAUGAUGAGGAAGCUAACGAACAGGACAAGGAUGGCGAUAGUGAUGGAGACAUACAGAUGAAUGAGGGUGGUAAGAAGGAUCCUUUUAAGCGGAGGCAGGAGUUGUUGGUCGAUAGUGGGCUUGCUGAGAAACUCAUUGAAACAUGUUCUGAGAUGGCAGAAGUUCUACUAAAAUCGAAAUAUGGGAGAGAAGUCAUGUAUGAGGUUGCUAUUGGAGGCAGCGACGGAAUACUUCAUCCAACUUUGGAUGAAAAGUUGCUCGAGCUGUAUGAAGCUAUAGCAUCUAUUGCUGCUCAACCGAAGGUUGAAGGAGAAGAGCAUAUUUUGGAACAGUUCCAUUCGAGCCGGACUAUCAGGAAACUCGUUAUAGACUGCCCUUCAUUUGCUACCGCACUAUGGGAAAAAGCUUUGAAAGGAAACUGUGCAGUCUUGGCCAAAGGUCACAGUUCCAAGGUGAUCAGUGCCUUCCUGGAAACCUCGGACUCUGCCGUGAAGAAGUUGGCAGUAAAGGAGCUGCAGCCCUUGAUAAAGAGUGGUGACCUAAGUUUACCGAAGCCCAAUGAGUCAGCCACGGACAAGUAAUUCAGUAUAGUGGUGAUAAAUAUGAAGAUGCAUUCCUCGAAAGGUUUCAUCUCUAGGCCGUCUUCUGGUUUACUGUGCUUGUAGACGAAGAAAAUUUUUGUAGCUUAAGGGGGUCUAUGAUGAUCUGUGACUAUGGAUCAAAACAGUUGUCUCUUGUUUUAUUCAAUUUCUUACAAUGUCAUCCCUGUCUCUCUGUAUGAACUUACACAUUAUACUUAUGAUGGAAAUUUUGUGAAAUGUGAAAGAAAUGGUAGUAUUAUUCAA